CAUAAACGCUUCCCUAAAGUUUUAAUUGUUAAUUUUGCUGUAACGCUUCAACAGUAGGAGGCUACCUUUUGACGACAGAGAGGCUAAAUUAAAACGACUAGUGUAUGUUUCCGAAAGUUGCCGGUGACCGGGCAGGUGUGCAUUGUAGCCGAGUUUUUCUUCUUCCCUGCCACCCUUAGGCUCUUUACACGGUGGAAUUUGAUGGGGGGCUGUUACCACUGAACGAUGUCGGAUUUAACCUGGGCUCAUAAUGGCUGCUGUGACGGAAUGGCGGUGCAUCAACGGCCGCCGUUUCCUCGGAGGAUGGGGCCCAGUGCUGUGCGUGGUUCUUGGCUCUUUGGUUGCCAUGCUGCUGCUGCCUCUUAUUGGGAUGCAAAACCAGUGCUGUGCCUCCCUGAAAGGUAUCGCCCAAUUCCGCUGCCAGCUGUGGGGGAGCUCACAGUCUCCUCCAGCUGUGCAGUCCACCAGCCUGACUGUCCCCUUCACAGCUCUGGAUCUUCUGCCUCAGAAGACCAAACCCAGCAAAGAGAUGGAGCUGGAGGCCAAAGCAGCACUACUGCAGGCUCUGGAGAUGAAGAAACUUGGGAAGAGAGAGAAGGCUCACAAGCUGCUGGUGCAUGCUCUUAGUAUGAACCCUGACUUUGUGGAUGCUCUGACAGAGCUGGGGACCAUACUGGAGGAGGAAAAGGAUGUCGUUCAGGCAGACCACCUCUAUACGAAGGCCUUGGCCCUCUCACCAUGUAAUGAGAGAGCUCUGGUCAGCAGAGACCGAACCCUUCCCCUGGUGGAAGAGAUUGACCAGCGCUACUUCAGCUUAAUCGACAGCAAAGUGCGCAGGCUUAUGUCCAUUCCCAAAGGUAACUCCGCCCUUCGUCGAGUGAUGGAGGAGACCUACUACCACCACAUUUAUCACACUGUGGCAAUAGAGGGAAACACCCUGACUCUGUCAGAGAUCCGACAUAUCAUCGAGACACGUUACGCCGUUCCCGGGAAGAGCCUUCAGGAGCAAAAUGAGGCAAUCGGCGUGGAUGCAGCCAUGAAGUACAUCAACACCACACUGCUGUCAAGAUCGGGAGCCAUCACUGUCAGCAACAUCCUGGAGAUUCACAGACGAGUGCUUGGCUAUGUGGAUCCUGUGGAAGGCGGUCGGUUGCGCACAAGCCAGGUGUUUGUGGGCCAACACAUCCCACCACACCCCAAGGACCUGCAGCGACAUAUGGAUGAGCUGGUGCAAUGGCUGAACUCGGAGGAAGCCCUGCAGCUGCACCCGGUGGAGUACGCAGCUCUUGCCCACUACAAACUGGUUUACGUACACCCAUUCAUAGACGGAAAUGGACGCACGUCACGGCUGCUCAUGAACCUUGUUCUGAUGCAGGCGAGGUAUCCACCGAUUACUAUUCGCAAAGAGCAAAGGGCUGAAUAUUACUCCACUUUGAACACGGCCAACGAGGGGGAUGUGCGUCCUUUCAUUCGAUUCAUAGCCAAGUGUACGGAAAUGACACUGGACACUCUGUUGAUUUCCACCACCGAGCACGCGGUCGGACUCCCUGAAGCCGACCGGAACCAGGCCUGUCCCAGCUGCAAACAGACCAUUCCUGUACACAACUAAAUAGAAGGGUUAAGGAAAAUGGGGGCAUGAGUUUCCACAAUGUAAUAAUACAUUUUAGUUCAUCUGAAAGGUUUUCCAUCAGUGGCUUAAAUUGUGCUAAAUCUCGUCUUUUUGCCAAAUUCAAAUCUUAAGAUCUUUAAGUGCAAACAGACGUUUCAAACUUCUUUCAUUUUUAAGCUACAAGUAAAGAGUUUAAGUGUUUCUCUUGAAAGUUUGUUGACAAAACUGUAAAGCACGUUCAUGUAUUUAUUUUAGAAUAAAAGUGACUUAUUUCUU